CUUUUGCCUUUCCACCGACUGCUUUGCGUCUUGCCACAUACGCCUCCUACGGAAACCCGCCUAUGGUUGAAUACUGACGUGUAUUUUCUCCUAGCAGCAACUAUUUGAAACUCUUGUUGAAGGAGGAUUGUACCAAAUCGCGAGAGAAUCCCCUGGCGCAGUGUCUCCGUUCCGUCAUCUCGCCUUCUCGGUUCACACGUACCUGUUCGCGUUGCUACACGCCUUUCCGAACAUGAUAUCUGAUUGCCGCUGCUAAAGACGAUAAGCUCGUCGAGUCGACGUUGAUUGCGCAAAAUGGAGUUUCCCGAGGGCUCGUCCCGGGAUUAUACCCAUUCUACCUCGUUCCCCGACCUGAUGAAUGACCCGGCCUAUCAGACGAACUAUAAGGGGAAGGAGAGGGAGUUUGAAGAGCCAGACACUUGUCGCAUAUGCCGUGGUGAGGGUACCGAGGAAGAACAACUUUUCUAUCCGUGCAAAUGUAGCGGGAGCAUCAAGUUCGUUCACCAGGCAUGCCUGGUAGAAUGGCUGUCCCACUCUCAGAAGAAGCAUUGCGAACUCUGCAAAACGCCGUUCCGCUUCACGAAGUUAUACGAUCCGAAUAUGCCCCAGAAUCUCCCUGCUCCGCUUUUCCUCCGACAACUACUAAUUCAUAGUUUUCGCACUAUUGUCACAUGGCUGCGGUUUGUACUCGUUGCGUUCGUCUGGCUUGGGUGGCUGCCGUGGUCGAUGAGAGCAAUUUGGAGAGCUCUUUUCUGGCUGGCUGAUGGCCGCUGGUCUGGGGCGGAUGCUCCCCAGCAAUCUUCAUCCGAACAUUUAGCCCAAGUUGUAGCAAAUGGAACGGCUUCCAUGAAUGUGGGAGCCGCUACCACCGCAUUAGCGGGAGCAUCAGAUGUGCCAGCCGUGCAGUCACCGGUUUCAUCUAUGUUCAGUUUCUCAUCAGGCGAGCCUCUACUUCUCACAGUCAUCAAGAAGGCUUUUUCUGCCUUGUUCUUCCCUGCAAUGUCGGGCACCGGUUCGUUGAGCACCAGCCCUUCGAAUGUGACAGCUGGAUCAUACAAGCCUCGACGCCCAUCGUGGCUCUCAGAUGUGGAAUUUCUCAACACACUGACACCAUCGCCCACGAUUAAUAACAUUCUUAUUGAUACCCUAGAAGGUCAACUCAUAACAUUAUUGGUUGUCAUCUCGUUCAUUCUGAUUUUCCUGAUUCGCGAAUGGGUUGUUCAACAGCAGCCCAUGGCCAAUAUCGCCGAGGGUGAGCGGGAAGCUGCUGUCCAGCUAAUUGCGAAUAACCGUCCAGUACAGCGCCCCGAAGAGGUACAGCCUGAGCUACAUGCCCCUCAGCCAGGGGAUGUACCCCGCGAUGAAAGCACCCAUGAACACGUCGAAGAUAUUUCUAACCGCGCAGACGAAGGGGGACUUGGCUCUCUGGCUGAGACCGAGUCGUAUCGUGUGCAUUCUUCGUUCCGCGAUGGUAACUCAAGCAGUUCCAGUGACUCGGGUACCCAGGGACCUAGUACUUCUCAGCAUAUGUUCCGGCGUAAUAGUGACAGUGAGGAUGAACUGAACCCCUUGUCCCUCGAGCACUCGACCUCUCACGGCAACCAGGUCUGGCCUGGGGUGGACACGUUCAGGGAUCUCUGGGCGCGUGGCCAUGGUGAUCCUGAGCAGGUCCUCAGACUCGUAAGAGAGGAGGGGCGCCAGGAUGAGCUGGGGUGGAUCGUCACGGCAAUGACCAAGCUUCAACGGAACGAUUCUUUGCGCGGUUCUUGGAGGCGCGAGUCACCUCUUCACGAGGCUGCGAGUUCGGAUUCCUUUGCCGAUCAGACGGAGAUGCAAAGUGAACCCAGUUCAGCACGAUCACCACUGUUGGAGCCCUCGUCAUCAGCGGUCAACCAUCAUCCCUGGGACAUCGCUUCCGUGUCUAAUACACUGGGGACUGGCGCGAGUGAUGAUCGGCAAGACCGCGAAUUUACUAAUGAUGAUCUCGGCUCUAGCCUCCGUGCUGUAGGCGACUCUGAGGUACCGUCCGAUUCGACACCUUCCGCCGACACUGGCAUUCAGUCUGAUCAAGUUCCGAGCGCUUCGGCUUCGACCAACGCGGUUACACCGAAUGCUGAAAGGGCCUCCGAAAAUGCCGUGGCAACGCCGCAGAAUGAUCAAGCAGCGGCGACUUCUCCGAAGAACUUGGUUGCCAGACUCUUCGACUGGUUCUGGGCUGACCUUGAAACUCCUGACCAAGGUCAAGAUCGUCCGCAAGAGGAUGAUGAUCAUGUAGUCGAGGACCCUGCUUUGGAGGCGCCGUUCGUACCCAUUCAGAAUAACAGACGCCUUGCCAACGAAGCCGCACCGAACAACCAAGCCAUCGCCCCAGACUUCGGUCUUGAUGCAAAUGACGCUGAGGCAGUCGAGGAGGGAGAUGACUUGGAGGGCAUUCUGGAACUCAUUGGCAUGCAGGGACCAAUUUUUGGCCUUCUGCAGAAUGGAGUCUUCAGCGCGCUCUUGAUCUCGUUUACCGUGGCAAUUGGCAUUUGGCUUCCCUAUCUCUGGGGCAAGAUUGCCCUUGUACUCCUCGCGAACCCCGUACAACUGGUCUUUGGCGUUCCCAUGACUGCCAUAUCGGUCUUCGCAGAUGUGACGCUGGACACUCUUAUUGGUAGCUUGGGCUACGUUAUGUACUGGCUCAGCCUCAUAUGCAAAGUGGUGCUCAGUCCCUUCGGUGCUUUUGUUCCAUUGGGAGAAUGGAUUCCGCAGACCAAGUCCGUCACCAGUGCCUCGUUAUCACUCAUCGACGCCAGUAGUCACCGACUACGGAAUGUUUUGCAGGCUUUCUUUGUCUUCCACGAAUCCGACGUGCCUAUGUUCUCGGUUCUUUCCCAUCAAGCUCUAAAGAUCCACCAAGCGCGCAUCGCCGCCUUUACUCAUACGGCCUUCACAGUCGGCAAAUUCAUUCUGCAUGACUUCCCUCUUCGAAUUGUGUCUCAUGGACCGGUGGGUGCCUUUUCAGUUGAGAAUGGCUUUGACGGCUUGGCCCAGCUACUAGUACAGGCACGGGACCAGGUCUACGACCUUGUCCAUCAGUUGCUUUACACCUCGAAGGGCACAAGCUGGUUCGGUUCCAGUGUGAGUGGUUCAGCUUCGGCAGGCAUCACCAUCAGUUAUGAUCUAGCUGUGUGGGAUACGAAAGAUCGCGUCAUUGCUAUCUUUAUGGGCUACCUUCUUGCGUCGGCCCUCGGACUUCUGUACUUGCGUUUCACCAAUAUGCUUUCUGGUGGUGAGCGUGGACAGAGAGUGGAAGGCAUUGUUGCCGACAUACUUCACCAAGCAGGUGGUGUGAUGAAGGUUAUCCUCAUCAUCGGCAUCGAAAUGAUUGUUUUCCCACUGUACUGCGGUUCGUUACUUGAUGUUGCACUGUUACCUCUCUUUGAGAACGCCACGAUUGCGUCGCGUUUAGAGUUCACCUCCUCAUCACCCCUUACGUCUCUGUUUGUGCACUGGUUCAUUGGAACCUGUUAUAUGUUCCAUUUUGCCCUUUUCGUAUCCAUGUGCAGGAAGAUAAUGCGGAGCGGUGUACUUUACUUUAUUCGCGAUCCAGACGACCCGACAUUCCAUCCGGUGCGAGAUGUUCUGGAGCGCAACAUCACAACGCAGCUGCGGAAGAUUGCGUUCAGUGCCCUUGUCUACGGCGCUCUGGUCAUUGUCUGCCUGGGUGGUGUCGUAUGGGGAAUCUACUACGCCUUCGACGAUGUGCUUCCUGUGCAUUGGUCUGCUACUAUUCCUGUCUUGGAGUUUCCCGUGGACCUGUUGUUCUACAACUUCGUCAUGCCGCUUGCCAUUCAAUCGAUCAAGCCAUCGGACGGUCUCCACAAUCUUUAUGAUUGGUGGUUCCACAAGUGCGCUCGUUUUCUGCGCCUGACCAACUUUUUCUUUGGCGAGAGGCAAGUCGACGAAGAGGGAUAUCACGCCCGUCGGACUUGGUGGGACGUCUUGUCAGCCGCCAAGGGAGAUCCGGAACACCCGGUAGUCGAUGGACAUCCGCAAAAUGACGACAGUGAGAAGCCCAGUGUCUACUUCGCUCGUGAUGGACGGUUUGUACGGGCACCUGCUUCCGAUCAAGUCCGCAUCCCUAAAGGCAGUCAAGUGUUCCUGGAGGUGACCGAGUCUAAUCAGCGGGUUGACGGGGCACCGGAUACGGAUCAGGGUCUCCAUGGGCGAGCCAACGACAUGUUCACCAAAGUUUACAUUCCGCCGCGCUUCCGUACUCGCAUUGCAGCCUUCAUCCUACUGAUCUGGGUGUUUGCUGCUGCCACCGGUGUAGGCAUCACCGUUGUUCCUCUGAUCAUUGGCCGAAAGGUCAUGUCGUCCACUUUCCCUCACCGACCGCUCAACGAUGUGUAUGCCUUCUCCACGGGCACAUCCAUCGUUGGCACUGCUGCCUACAUUCUGUACUAUUCGCGUCCUUUCCUUACCGCGGCGAAAGACCGGUUGAGCCCUUACCUACAGUCCCCUCGGGAAGCAUGCGUCGGUGUGAUGCAUAUCGUCCUCGAUGCGGCUCGAAUUACCUAUGUUCUCGCCACGUUCGCGGUGCUUCUGCCGUCCCUUGUUGCGCUAGUCAUGGAACUAUAUCUCUUAGUUCCAGCGCACACGUAUGUUGGUGGCGCCCAGGCCCAUGUCAUCCACUUCAUCCAGGACUGGACACUCGGAGUGCUCUAUGUACAAAUGGCCGUUAAGUUUGUGUUGUGGAAUGCUGCCUCCCGUCCAGCAGCGGCACUGAAUGCUAUUGUUCGAGAUGGAAUGCUGAAGCCUAAUGCUAAAGUGACUACGCGAGCAGUUUUGCUCCCGGUGAUGCUGCUGGCCACGCUUGCGGUCGUGGUACCACUGAUCCUUGGAUUCAGCAUGAAUGCCACGGUAUUCUCAUCCACGCCGGAGGUGCAGUCCAAGGUUUACCGGUAUGCGUAUCCGACCACGCUGGUAAUCAGUCUGAUGGGCUGGCUAGUGUAUCUGGUACGGCGGCAAGUGGAGAUUUGGCGAGUCAAUAUCCGGGACGACGUCUACCUAAUUGGGGAGCGCCUGCACAAUUUCCGCGAGAAGCGGGCACGGGAUGUCGGGGUGCCACGGCGAGUCAUUACCGGGUAAGCGAUUUUGUCGUCGUUGCCUGAACCCUUCUUUCCUAUUUAUCAUUCAAUUUCUAUGUAAAUCAGUUACAAAGUUUCAAUAGACGUAUUUUAAAAC